AUGUCCCGAACUGUUGCUCGUGUUGUCGAUUCGACGAAAAUAAACCCCGCCAUAUCACGCUUGAUCGGCACAGUGGACAUUGAUGGUGCUGGCACAGAACACCCACUUCCGGAAGUAGACCCCUUUAUGCUCUUGGAUCAAGGGACGGUGCCGAAGGAUGGAAUGCCGAAAUUCGGUCCCCAUCCCCAUCGCGGCCAUUCUGUUGUGACUCUUUUGUUACAAGGCGCCGUCAAAAACUGGGAUUCUUUCAAGUCGAAGGAUCAACCCAGAAAUAUUUUGAAGGCACCUGCGUCCUAUUGGGUAGAUGCAGGAAGCGGCCUGUUCCAUGAUGAAGUGUCUGUGAUUGAGAAUGAAGAAGAUCCUUCGCAACAUAUGAAAAUCUUUCAAUUGUGGAUCAGUGUGGCAGAGGCGGAUCGCUCCAAGCCACCACGAGUGCAAAUCAGUGAUACCCUUCUGACUGUGGAAUGCUUGGAUCCAGCUUCUGGCAAGGUUGUGGGCAAAGCAACGCAUUAUGUAGGCGAGGGAAGUGGAAUUGAAACAAUUCAUCCCAUUUGCGUAUCACAUGUAACACAGCAAGCAGGUACAACUUAUCGUGUCCCAAUGGUUCCUAGUCAUGGCGGGUUUGUUGUCCACAUGAAUGGCAAAGCAUCCUAUGACAAUACAGAAGUAGAAAGUACAAAUUCUGUGGUGGUGUUGGAAAAUAGUGAUGGCAAUUCGGCGGCACCUGACUACCUUCAAGUGUCGACAGCAGCUGAUAGUGAUACGGACGUGGAAUAUUUGGUCUGUUCAGGUGAGCGAAUCCAGGAGCCAUGGACAAAGAAAUUGGUAGCCAGCGGUGCCCUUAUAUGCAAAACUACCGAAGAAGGUAGGGAGCUUGCUGAAAAAGUCGAAGCUAUGUCCAUUGCCGGCAAAAAAGAAGGAGGAAGCUUUGCUCCUUUUGGUCUAUAA